CUGGCGUCAGCAGGGGCGUUCGGAGACAGGAGCGCGAGCCGAGCCGAAAAUCCUCCUCUCCUCCUCCGGGUAAACUCUCCGAGUUUGUUUUGGCAAACAACCUGUUUUCGUGCCGCCGCGUUGCCUACCGCAGCUGUACUGCCGUUCGCGCACCUAGAGCGCAGACGAAUCUACUUCUAGCUAUUUUCCACUCACUUCAGACACGUUUUUGUCCUUUGAAGUUGCCACUUUUCAUCCUGCUGUCAUCUCUCAAGCCUGCCAUGUGCGGAAUGUAAUCUUUAUUGUGAGACAGCGGUACCAUAAGGCUCCAUCUCCAUCCAGACCAUCUUUUAUUCCUCUCCCUCUUGCUCCUCUGUCUAGCGGUACCAUAAGGCUCCAUCUCCAUCCAGACAGAGGGAGUGCUGCAUACUCCUCUCCCCCAGAAUGAGCUCCCGUCCUGGGCCGGCCGAAGGCUGUCUGUCCCCUGAGCUGCUGGAGCUCCAGGAGGCCUCAUGCGGCCUCCUCCCCUCCUCCCUGGACACCGUCUGCAUCUCCUCACCCUACGCAUACGGUCACUCGGACUGCCCCUCCACAGACUGCCCCCAGGAGGCGCUAAUGUUCUACAGCCCCGGCGUGGAGUGCGGACGGCCCCUGGGGAGUCCACUCAGCCCCCCCACACUCUUCUGCCCCCCCCCACUCAGCCCCCCCACACUCUGCCCCCCUCCCUCACUGACCCCUCCCUCACUGACCUGCCCCCCUCCCUCACUGGUUGACCCCAACAGCCCCUGGCCAGAGGCCAAAGACCACAGAGAGCCAGCCUCAAAUCUACUGCUGGACCAGAUGUUGUGUGGUGUUCCGGUGGUUGAUGAAGGUCCGGCCUCCUCCUCUUCCUCGGUGUGUGCGUUGCCGGGCGACGUGAUGCUGAAGUCAGAUGUGCACUUGUGCGCUGUGUGCCAUGACUACGCCUCCGGCUACCACUACGGAGUCUGGUCCUGCGAGGGCUGCAAGGCCUUCUUCAAGAGGAGCAUCCAGGGUCACACUGACUACGCCUGUCCGCGACUCAACCAGUACCAUCGACAAGAGCCGCAGAGCUGCCAGGCCUGCAGGCUCAGGAGAUGCUACCAAGUGGGCAUGGUGAAGAGUGGCGUGCGGCGGGAGCGUUGUGGUUACCGUGGUGCCCGUCUGAGGCGUCUGCCGCAGGUGUGUGAGACUAGAGGGGGUCAUUCAGCCCGUCGCCUGGAGACCACCUUCCCCCUGCCCACCCUCACACACACACUCACCCUCACGCCCCAUCAGCUGGUCUCCUGCAUCCUGGAGGCGGAGCCUCCUCAGAUCCACCUAUCAGAGCGUCCACAGACACCGUACACCGAGGCCAGUAUGAUGAUGUCACUCACCACCCUCGCCCACAAGGAGCUGCUGCUCAUGAUCAGCUGGGCCAAGAAGAUCCCAGGCUUUGUGGAGUUGACCCUGUGUGACCAGGUGCGUCUGUUGGAGUGCUGCUGGUUGGAGGUGUUGAUGCUGGGUCUCAUGUGGAGGUCGGUGGAUCAUCCAGGAAAACUCAUCUUCUGUCCUGACCUCCAGCUCGACAGGGAUGAGGGCCACUGUGUGGAGGGCAUGGUGGAGAUCUUUGACAUGCUGCUGGCGGCCACUGCCCGCUUUAGGGAACUCAACCUGCAAAAGGAGGAAUACAUCUGCCUCAAAGCCAUGAUCCUGCUCAACUCCAACCUCUGUAUGAGUUCUUUGGGGUCAGCAGUGGAGCUGGAGGGCCGAGGGAAGGUGUUGCGGCUGCUGGACUCCGUGACAGAUGCACUGGUCUGGGCUAUCAGCAGGACUGGCCUCUCCUUCAGACAACAGUCGGGCCGCCUCGCACAGCUACUCAUGCUGCUGUCACACAUACGCCACCUCAGCAACAAGGGUAUGGACCACCUCUGGAGCAUGAAGAAGAAGAACGUGGUGCUGCUGUACGACCUGCUGCUGGAGAUGCUGGACGCCAACACACACACACACACACACACACACACACCACACACCUCCCGCCCUCGAACUCCCCAGCCCUCACAGUGGCCACAGCAGGAGGACAGGAACCCAAGUUGCCUGGGCAGCCGUGGAGCCAGGUGUGUGAUGGGCAACCAGACGGCUGACCCGAUUGACCUCCGACCUCCUGAGUCCUGAAUCACAAGACCCUUUGAAGGACCGGCAGGACACACACACGCACACGCACACACACACACACACACGUGCGCGCGCGCGCACACACACACACACACACA